CAUUGUUUGUCUAACUACAACUCACACAACUAACUAAUCUCAAGAUCACUAGCAAUAUAAUUUUGCGCACAGAAACUAAGCAAUGGCAAAAUUGGCCAUCUUUGCCAUCUUGUUCGUGACUACGUUGGCAGUGCCAACAUGGGGAAGGUUGGGAAAUACCAAGAUCAAUGAAAUGGGACAACUAGAUGAGGUGAUGAAGAUGGAGAUAAUACAAAAAUCAAAGGCUUUACCGAUAGUUGUAAAAGAAGAAGUGGUGGUUGCAGUUGAGGAGCCACCAUUGAAGGCGAGGCUUCAAGGUUGCACGGGAGUGGGUGAAAAUUGUGUAUUUAUUCCAUGUUGUCCAAUCAGCAAUUCUGGAUAUCCUGUCACUUGUUCUCGAGGUCUUUAUAAUGCAGUUUGUAUUGAAAUAAUUCCUUCUCCUUGGGACUACUAGUUGAGGUACGUGAUGAAGAUGGAGAUAAUACAAAAAGUAAAGGCUUUGCCGAUGGUUGUAAAAGAAGAAUUCUAAAAUAAAAUUAACGUGGUAUAAUAUUCUCUAUAUUAUUAAAAAUAGAGUGGAAGUUAUUUCUAAUUAUCUUUCACUAAACAACAAGGAGUUGAAGCUGGGGAUAUGUUAAUUCUUGAAUUGCUUAAGUUAUUGUUAUCCUUGUUUGUGAGUUGUUGUACGUUAUGGUUGCUAUAUACUCCGUUUGUAGUACGUAGUGCUAUGUAUAUAUGCAAUUUAUUUGUCUUUAUUAUGAAUAAAUUUAUUGUAUAUAUACAAUAAAUUUAUUAUC